AUGAAGGUGUUAUAUUUCUAUCUUCAUAUAGAAAUCAUCAAUCAAAACAAACUUACGACGGGCUAUUAUAACGAAAAACAUCAGAAGGGACCUAACUUUAAAAAGGGGGAGAAGGAAAAAAUUAGUGAAGUUAACUACAAACUGAGACUACUCAACACUAUAAGAGUACACCCAAUUUUUCAUAUCUUAUUAUUAGAACUAGCACCACAAAACGCUAAGACACAGGAAGAAAUUACUAUUGAACAAGAAACCUAUAAAGUUAAAAGCAUAUUAGCAGAGAAAGAAUCACCAGACGGAAAACUCUAUUACCUAGUCAAGUGGAAGGACUACAGCAUCAAGGAAAGCACCUGGGAACCUAUUGAGAAUCUUGUUGGAGCUGAGGAAGUUCUAGAGAGAACUGGCGAGCCAUGUAUCAAACUCCUCGACGGUCGCAGCAAGAGCACGGGAUUCUAG